CUCUCACAAUGUCAUCUUUCCAAUGGGUAUACUCUUCUGGAUGCAAUUGGAUUCCAUUCGACGCAAAAGCCAAUCGUGAAAUCGAGAAACUUUGGUUCAACGGUACCUGUGGCGGAUGGAUUUAUUUGACAAGCUUUGGUGGUCAAGCAUAUAUCAACACUGCAUCCUUGUAUCUACAAUGGUCAGGCUACAAUUACAGGAUUGCCCGUAGACUCCGUUAGUCGUGGUCCAUCUUCAACAUCCAUUCUAUCUAUUUUCUUGACAUCUUACAUUCAUAUUAUUCAUCCCUCUCAUCUGCCAACCUUUCACAUCUAGCAUUCAUCUAUCACUUUCAUUUGCAUCUCACAUCACAUUGUACUCUCACUCUCACUUCCAUUGUACUCUAAGCGUCGUUUGCGCAAUCACACACUGCAUUUACCAUUCAAACACUUUUAUAUUAUGGCACAUUAAAUAAAAACACGUUUACAUUUAC